AUGUGCGAUGCAAGUGAUGUGGCUGUUGGAGCAGUGUUAGGCCAACGGGUGGAGAAAGGUUGCUGGCUGAAAAGGAGUCCAAGCCAAGUCACAGAUAUUGAAGAUAAAGAGUUUCCAUGGUAUGCAGACAUGGCUAAUUUCCUGGUGAGCGGGUUACCACCUCCCGAGCUUCCUUCAUACCAAAAGAAAAAAUUCUUGAGGGAUAGUAACUCAUUCUUUUGGGAUGAACCUUACUUGUUCAAGAUUUGUGUUGACAAAAUCAUAAGAAGGUGUGUUUUAAAGAAAGAAGGGAACAAAAUCUUGAAGGAUUGCCACGAGUCUCUAUAUGGAGGACACCAUGGUGCGAACAGAACUGCCGCAAAAGUCCUUGAAUGUGGGUUAUACUGGCCUACAUUGUUCAAAGAUGCCAAUGAUAUUGCCAGGGCAUGUGAUCAAUGCCAAAGGACGGCCUACAAGACAUCAAUUGGUAUGUCUCCAUACAAGUUUGUAUUUGUAAAGGCUUGUCAUUUGCCGGUUGCAUUGGAGCACAAAGCUUUAUGGGCCAUAAAGAAGCUUAAAUUGGAGUGGGUUGAUGUGGCAAACUUGAGGGUGUCACAAAUUAAUGCCAUGGAUGAGUUUCGAUUCCAAUCGUAUGAGAAUGCAAUAUUGUACAAGCAGAGGACGAAAUACCUCCAUGACAAGAAGAUCAUGAAGAAAGAAUUUCACCCAGGGGACAUGGUUCUACUAUACAAUUCAAGGUUUAAAUUAUUUUUGGGCAAGCUUAAGUCGAAAUGGUAUGGACCGUUUAAAGUUCUUAAUGUGUAUCCCUUUGGUAACGUGGAUUUGGAAUCCAAAGAUGGCAUGAGAAUAUUCAAGGUGAAUAGGAAACUACUUCAGCACUAUUUUGGUGAAGUUGAUGGAGGAAAAGUCGUCUCGGAAGUUGAGUUGGGGGAACCCCCAAAGGGACUCUAA